UUUUUUUUUUUUGUCUGUACACGACUCAGAGAUGAGUUCCUCUCCCUGAUCAGGCUCCUGCAUCAUUCGCCAUGUCUCAGUCAUCCCUGGUCUAGAUGGAAACAUGGGCGACCGGCGCGACAGAGGCGCCUUAACGCGCCGGCGGAGAACCGUGACGAUCUGCGGGGAAGCGGGCGCGAGCUCGAAGCGCAACGACAAGAGCGAGUCCCGCAACCUGAGCGCCUACUGCGAGCAGGUGCAAGAACCUCUGAGGAGCAAAGAGGAUGGCCUUAAGGACAGGAUCAGCUGCCAUCGGCUCCAGGAGUCACUGCUCAGCUCAGAGAGUGGUUACAGCAACUACAGAGGAAUCCUCAACUGGUGUGUGGUCAUGCUGGUUUUGUCCAAUGCACGCCUUUUCCUGGAGAACCUCAUAAAAUAUGGCAUACUGGUGGACCCCAUCCAGGUGGUCUCCCUCUUCUUAAAGGACCCAUACAGCUGGCCUUCUGCAUGCCUUAUUAUUGUGUCUAACGUGUUUAUCGUGGCAGCUCUGUACACGGAAAGACAGCUGGCGAUGGGCAGAAUCUCAGAGAGCAUUGGGACUUUCCUUUACUGCAUCAAUCUCAUUGCUGUAUUGUGCUUUCCAUCAGCCACCGUCCUCACUCUGACCUCCAUGACCCCAGUUGGUGGAAUCAUUGCACUAGUGGUAUACACAGUCGUCUUUCUGAAGCUCUACUCCUACAGGGAUGUGAAUAAAUGGUCUCGGGAAAUCAGACACAUCCAAGCUCGAAAACUGUCUCGCUCCAACUCCUGUCCAUCUGUGCAGAGAGCCAAUGGGAACGCAGCACACAGUCAUGUGACCUACCCGGGCAAUCUUACCCACAGAGACAUGUAUUAUUUCAUUUUCGCCCCAACACUGUGCUAUGAGCUGAACUUCCCCCGAUCCCCACGGAUACGCAAGCGCUUCCUGCUCAGGAGACUUUUUGAAAUGCUCUUUUUGAUGCAGCUACAGGUCGGGUUGAUACAGCAGUGGAUGGUGCCAACUGUCCAGAACUCCAUGAAGCCUUUUCAGGACAUGGACUUGUCCCGGAUGGUGGAGCGUCUCUUGAAGCUUGCUGUACCGAAUCAUUUAAUAUGGCUCAUCUUUUUUUAUUGGUUAUUUCACUCCUCCAUGAACUUCGUCGCUGAACUGAUGCAGUUCGGAGACCGAGAAUUUUACAGAGACUGGUGGAACUCCGAAACAGUGCCGUAUUUCUGGUCGAACUGGAACAUCCCCGUCCAUAAAUGGUGCUUACGGCACUUCUAUAAGCCCAUGUUGAAGAGAGGCGUGAACAGGCUGACCGCUCAGAUCGCCGUAUUUUUCCUCUCCGCUUUCUUUCAUGAGUACUUGGUGAGCGUGCCGCUGAAGAUGUUCCGGCUUUGGGCGUUCAUGGGAAUGAUGGCUCAGAUUCCGCUUGCCAUGUUCGUCGGUCGCUUUCUGCGAGGUAACUACGGCAACGCGGCCGUGUGGAUCUCGCUGAUCAUCGGCCAGCCCAUCGCUGUGCUCAUGUAUGUCCACGAUUACUAUGUGAUUCAUUACGGAAGUGCGACAGAAGGCAGGGCUUCACCGUGACCAGCAAUGAUGAAAAGAAAAAAAAAUGAAACCUGCUUUUAAACAAAAAAAAAUGAAAGGAUAAUAAGAGCAAAAAUGGGUGCUUACAUUAUUUCAGAGAAGAUGGGAAACCUCUGCUAAAGCACUUUAUGUGUGACAGAGAGAGACUGAUAGACAAUUAGACAGACAGAGAGACAGAAAGAGAGAGAGAGAGAGAGAGAGAGAGUGAUAUUGAGAAAGAUAGAAUGAAAGAAACAACCAAACAAAGAAACGAAUGAAGGGAAUAAAGGAGCAAUAAAAAUAGAGCGAGAGUAAGCACGAGAGAAUGAGAAAGAAAGAAAGAAAGAAAGAAAGAAAGAGGGAGGAAAAGAGAGAGAGAGAGAGAGAGAGAGAGAGAGAGAGAGAGAGAGAGAGAGAAAACCUGCCCAGCCAAAGCAUCAGCAUUAAAGUGCCAUGAAGCUCACGCACUUUGUUCACGGUGAACUUUCACAACGUACUUUACAGUGGUGUUUUAAAAACACUGUAAGAACAUUUGUAUGCACUUCGUGUUUAAUUCACUCUUAUUUUUUGAGCAUCGCUUUUUUCCAUAAUAAAGCCCUUUAGUUUUUUUUUUUGCACUUUAUUGAUACGUGAUCCCUGACCCUCGGCUGAGUUUCUUCAUCGGUUAUCAUUAAUCAAAAUCAGACGAUUGCAAUCCGAAUGACGAAUGUGUUUUAUUUUCCAAUCUUCAUGUACAAAAACACUUUAUUCUUACACACAGUGUUGAUUCGUGUUGCACAUUUUAAAUUUCGAUUUAAAUGUAAUUUAGCUUCUUGCAGAUCCUUUUUAAGAUGAUUUACUUUAUAAGACAAUUUAAUAGACUUAAAUUGAAAGGUUGAAAAUGAUGUAUACAAAUCAGUUAUUUCUACUUCAGAACUUUUCCACUUGACAUUUUUGAUAUAGAGUUGGUUUUAUAAGAGGAUUAUUUUAUUGAGAGGGAAAAAAAAACCUUUAAAAACCACUUUCAGCCCAUAAACAAAACUGAGACUCUGCUGUGGCAGCUAAUAUUCCAGUUAAAAAAUAAUAAUAAAGCUGGUACAGACAACAA